CUGACCCCGCUCUGUCAUUUUACGUGGCCUACUACUUUGUGACUGAGUUGCUGUUGUUCCCAGUUGCUUUCACUCUGUUAUAAUACCACUAACAGUUGACUGUGGAAUAUUUAGUAGCAAGGAAAUGUCAUGGAUGGACUUAUUGCACAGGUGGCAACCUACCACGAUACCCCACUUGAAUUCAUUGAGCUCUUGAGAGCGACCCAUUCUUUCACAAAUGUUUGCAGAAGCAGUCUGCAUGCUGAGGUGCUUGAUUUUUUGACACCUGUGGCCAUGGAGGUUAUUGGAACAACUGGUUCCAAUGAUUUGGUGGGGUGUCACAAUACGUUUAUAUAUUGUAGCUGUGCAAUAUAGUGUAGCUGUGCAAUAUAUGUUACCAAACUU